ACUUUCGCAACAUAAGCAGUACUUCUAGUGGUGGCAUAUUGAGUUUGCACUGAUCUUACAAAAAUUAGGAGACCAAAGGUCAGCAGGUAUAAGAUGGGAGCCCCGAGCACGAGUUAUCUGUUCUCUUCUUUUUGGAUCCAAUGGGCAGGGACACAUUUUAUACCUACAUCUUGGAACUCCAGACAACGUGUCUUUCUUUGGCCAUCAUGGCUACGCAAAGAGACCAGCCUGUCAAAGGCACCGAUGCCCCCCGUCCAAAAGCUGCUGGUGAUCCCGAGGAAGAUGAAGAAGAGUGGGAUAGCAUCGAGCUUCCAGAUCCAGACGCUGAAUGGGAGCAAGUGUACAAAUGCGCUGCCGAUCCUCAUGCCAUCGACUACUACAAAGAUGAAGGCCUCAUCGAGAAGCCAAUCGAGGAUGGCUGGACGAACGUGACCCAAGUCCCGGAGGAAAUCCGUAGGGGAGAACAGGGGAAAAGGGUCAUGUCUACACACGAUCCUGCCGGUCUCGGAGAUAAGGCCAGGAAGCGGCUCGCCAGGCAGAGAAAUGCGAAAGCUGCGGCAGCUGGUGCUAAGACGAAGGCUGGUACUGAUGCUGGCUCUGGCUCUGGUUCUGGUACUACCCGUUAUAUCCCCGAUGGGUACGUUCCAACUCCAGCUCCAGCUCCAGCUACGACUACAACUACGGCUACGGCUGCCACUGGAAAUAGCGGUCGGAUGGCUGAUGGAUGGAUACGUGCCGCGUUGUCCCAUCGCCCGCCUUUUGGUGCCUUUCUGGACACCGAGCGACGGGAGACCAAGUAAUAUCGCCCAUGGAAAUCCCGGACUACAAGGGAUAUUGGCGCUCUAGGAUAUAGACCAUGUGGUGCAGAUCGAGAUGAUCUUGAGCCGGAGUUAAUUCAUUAUCGGUAUUCACAGUAUAGCUUAUGUUGGAUAUUAUAUUUGUAUCAACUAGUCUGUCGCGGAGUCUAUAGAUAGACCUUUUAAUACCGAUAUAUUUCCUUAUCUAGAAAAUCAAUACCUCUAUA